AUGCAUAUCCUCGUAACAAACGACGACGGGCCCCCCUCGCUGCAAUCAAGCCCCUACAUCCUGCCCUUCGUGCACGCCCUGCGCGCAGCAGGCCACAAAGUCACCAUCGUCAUCCCCGACGCCCAGCGCUCGUGGAUCGGCAAAGCGCACAUCGUCGGGGCCGAAAUUCACUCCACGCCGUACUGGCCGCCGGAACGGACGCCUUCAGCCCAUGAUCCCGAGGCGCAAACCGCGCGGCAACAGCGCGAUGGUGGCGGCGACGGCGAUGCGAGGCCCUGGAUCCUCCUCUCCUCCACGCCGGCGACGUGCGUGCAAAUCGCCCUAUCCCACUACCUCGACACGCACGAUGUCGAUCUCGUGAUUUCCGGCCCGAACUACGGCCGCAACACCACCGCCGUCUUCGCCCUGUCCUCUGGAACGCUAGGAGCCGCGCUCGAAGCGGCAGUCUGCGGCCACCGUGCUAUAGCCCUCUCCUUCGCCUUCUCCUCCCGCAACCACGACGACGAAAUCAUAGCCGAGACGUGCAGACAUUCAGUGCGCGUGUGCGAAUACCUAGCCGCCGACGCGGGGGGGAAUUUCUGGGGCGAGGGAAGGCUGUAUACGAUCAACACCCCCGUCGUGGCGGGCGUGGCUUCCAAACCCACAAUCUGGACGCGCAUGCUGCAGAACUCGUGGAAACGAGGCGCCUGCUUCCAAGAGAUCCCCGCCUCAUCAGAAGACCCGACCUUCUCCGACGCAGCGCACGACGCCAACGCCGCGGCAGAGGAGCAGAUGACGCGCGUGCAGACGGAGGAAGGCGGCAAGCCUCCUCCUCAAGCGGAUGAGGGUCGCAAUGGGCAGCAGAAGGACUCGUGGGAGCGCACGCGGCAUUUCAAGUGGGCGCCGCGCUUCACGGACGUGUUUGAUAGCGUGGAGGCGGCGGGGCCGGGGACGGAUGGGUGGAGUGUGAAAGUGGGGGAGACGAGUGUGACGGGGAUAUAUGCGAAUUUCAAGCAUGUGCAGGGACUGGAGGGGGAGAUUGAGUUGGGAGGGGGGCAGCAGGUGUCUUUGGGGAGGGCGAAGGCUGCGGCGUCUUCUCCUGCUGCUGCGGAGAGGUUGUAG